CAAGGUUUAAGUUCAACAGUAUAUAAACCCGCACAACCUAUUUUUGAUUGUUAGUCGCCUGUGUGAGGUUAUCAUGAAGGUAUUCGUGUGUUUGUUUGCCCUGGUAGCUGCUGCAGCAACAUACUGUGAAGCUAGCUUCCUGGGUGCCCAUAAAAGCGCGUUCAUCUCUGGAGGCUUGAGUCUUGGACAUGGCAGUGGUUGGGGAGGCGGAUAUGGGGGACACGGAGGUGGCUGGGGAGGCGGAUACGGUGGAGGUAACAUAGUGAAAGUUAUCAAAAUCGUUCCCAGUUACGGCGGCGGUUAUGGAGGUGGCUAUGGAGGUGGUCAUGGAGGUGGCUGGGGAGGUGGCUAUGGAGGUGGUUAUGGAGGGGGUUACGGACAUGGAGGAGGUUACGGACAUGGAGGAGGUUAUGGAGGAGGUUACGGAGGUGGUCAUGGAGGUUGGAAAUCACAUGGACACAAUGAAUGGAGUUCAGGUGGAUGGUGGUAAGGACUAUUCUCCAAGUAUGACUGACGUUCGGAAAAAUGUUUGUACAUUUUUGUAAAUUCAAAUUUGCCAUAAAUUAUUUCAUGUUGCAAUAAACUUACUAUAUAAACUGU